UCGCAGCCAACACAGGCUGGCGGCAGCACUUCUCAAUCAUUCGAUGGGACCAAAUGCAUCACCUGCGGGACAAUAAGCACACCGCUCUGGCGGAGGACAGCAGAAGGGCUGCCGAUCUGCAAUGCUUGUGGUGAAAGACACACGGAGCAAAGCGCAUCGUCCCCAGUAACGGCGAGCCGAACGGCGCGGACAAUGUCAUCGCAAAGGGGAACAGAAAACCAAAGCCCUGCAGGGUCUGGAACCAUGACCGACCCCGGUUCUGAUCAAGCGGCGGGGACGACGCCCCUCGGCUCGAACUCUAUCACCAAGGUGGACUAUCAAUUGGUCUGCUCCAACUGUGGCACCAAUACCACGCCGUUGUGGAGGAGGGACGAGGACGGCAAUAACAUCUGCAACGCUUGCGGCCUCUACCACAAGCUGCAUGGCACGCAGAGACCCAUCAACAUGAAGAAGACGGUCAUCAAGCGGCGGAAACGC